UAGACGGCAAUUACUUCAUCAACCUUUUUCGAUCUUGUUUAUUUUCUCUCUCAUGCCCUUUUUUUCUCAUUCUCUCUCUUCCCUCUGUCUCUGUCUGUCUGUCUCUCUCUCUCUCUCUCUCACUAAAAAACUUCUCAAGGAGCAUAAUUGACCCAUCAGUGAUACAAACACCACACUCUCUCAUCAGACAGACAAACCCCAGCUCGCCGGACUCGGCCGAUGGACAUCCGACGUCUCCCGCCGCCGGGAAGGCCUGAAUGCGCCUCCACGUGACAGCACAGCUUCCGAAAUUGGCAUUUUUGUCCCGAGAUUCCUGCCCUCCACUUUCCAUCCCACUGUCUCUGUAAUGGCGGCCACCAACGCUUCGUCGCAGCCUGCACCGCUGGACCAGCCUGUCUCCACCGACGAGCUGGCGGCUAAGGCCGUGAACAAGCGCUACGAGGGGCUGGUGAUGGUCCGUACGAAGGCCGUCAAGGGGAAGGGCGCGUGGUACUGGGCGUACUUAGAGCCGGUCCUAGUACACAACAGCGACACCGGUCUCCCGAAAGCCGUCAAGCUCCGGUGCUCCCUCUGCGACGCCGUCUUCUCCGCCUCCAACCCUUCCCGAACGGCCUCCGAGCACCUCAAGCGCGGGACCUGCCCCAAUUUCAGCUCCCUCCCAAAACCCAUUUCCUCCCUCUCCCCCACCGGGGCAUCCCUCCUCCCUCCGCCUCCUGGCGCGGCCUCGACUCCGCAGCCCAACGACCGCAAGCGGAGCAGGGGCUCCUCAUCGGCUGGAGCGCCAUCGGGGACGUCGUACCAGGUCCCACCCCUGACAAUCAUUGACCCCUCCCGUUUUGACUACCCGGCAUCAGCCGCCACAACGGCGGCGGCCGGCAGUCCGCAACAGCAGCAUUUGGUUCUGUCGGGCGGGAAGGACGACUUGGGUGCACUGGCCAUGUUCGAGGACAGCGUGAAGAAGCUCAAGAGCCCCAAGACCUCUCCCGGUCCGGCCCUCAGUAAGGCCCAAAUCGACAGUGCUCUCGAUUCCUUAGCUGAUUGGGUCUACGAGUCUUGCGGGUCGGUGUCCUUUACGAGCUUGGAGCACCCCAAGUUCAGAGCUUUCCUCGGUCAGCUCGGGUUACCGGCGAUCUCAAGACGGGAAUUUGCGGGUGCACGGCUGGACGUCAAGUUCCAGGAGGCAAGGGCCGACGCCGAGGCGAGAAUAAGGGACGCCAUGUUCUUUCAAAUCUCUUCCGAUGGGUGGAAAUACAGAGGUAAUUAUGCUGAAGACAAUCAUUUAGUCAACUUGACUGUGAAUCUCCCCAACGGGAGUAGUCUCUAUAGAAGGGCUGUGUUUGUCAGCGGCUCGGUUCCUUCUAAUUAUGCCGAAGAGGUCCUGUGGGAGACGAUCACCGGCAUUACUGGGAGUAAUAUUCGGCAAUGUGUAGGUAUAGUUUCUGAUAAGUUCAAGGCCAAGGCCUUGAGGACCUUGGAGAGUCAGAAUCACUGGAUGGUUAAUCUCUCUUGUCAGUUUCAGGGUUUUACAAGCCUACUGAAAGAUUUUGGGAAGGAGCUUCCUCUGUUCAGGACCGUGACAGAGAGCUGCCUUAAGGUUGCCAGUUUUGUGAACAACGACUCUCGAGUUCGGAAGAGUUUCCACAAGUACCAGAUGCAGGAGCACGGACAUUAUGGGCUGAUCCGGGUGCCUGCCCACAUCCACCAAGAAGCGAACUUACAGCCCGUUUUCACAAUGUUCGAAGAUGUCUUCAACUCCUCCCGGGCGUUGCAGUUAGUUCUGCUCGAUGAGUCAUAUAAGAUAGUCUCCAUGGAGGAUGCAGUGGCUUCUGAAGUUGCGGAGAUGGUUCAGGACACAGUCUUCUGGAACGAGCUCGAGGCAGCGCACUCACUGGUCAAGUUGGUCAAGGACAUGGCCCAAGAGAUUGAGUCUGAGAGGCCAUUGAUCGGGCAAUGCCUUCCUUUGUGGGAUGAGCUAAGGCUGAAGAUUAAGGACUGGUGCUCGAAAUAUCAUGUCCCUGAAGGCCCAGUGGAGAAGGUGGUGGAGAGGCGGUUUAGGAAGAACUACCACCCUGCUUGGGCAGCUGCAUUUAUUCUCGAUCCACUCUACUUGAUUCGAGACACGAGCGGGAAAUAUCUCCCACCAUUCAAAUGCUUGACUCCCGACCAAGAGAAGGAUGUCGAUAAGUUAAUAACAAGGCUAGUCUCCAGGGAAGAAGCCCACAUUGCACUGAUGGAGCUCAUGAAGUGGAGGACAGAGGGCCUUGAUCCUGUCUAUGCCCGAGCAGUGCAGAUGAAGGAGCGGGACCCAAUCACAGGGAAGAUGAGGCUUGCAAACCCCCAGAGCAGUAGGCUUGUGUGGGAGACAUAUCUCACAGAGUUCAAGUCGCUUGGGAGAGUUGCGGUCAGGCUAAUUUUUCUCCACGCAACUUCUUGUGGCUUCAGUUGCAACUGGUCAUUCUUGAGGUGGGUCUCGGCUUCAGCCCGUGGGUCCUCAAGGGUGGGCUUGGACAGGGCUCAGAAGCUCGUAUUCCUGGCUGCUCAGGCAAAGCUCGAGAGACGCGAUUUUUCAAGCGAAGAUGAGAAGGAUGCGGAGUUGUUCUCUCCUGGAAAUGGUGAGGACGAUGUGCUUAAUGAGGUUCUUGUUGAUGCGCCCUCAGCAAUUUGACAGGGAUAUUGUUGCACUGGAGAUGCCUCCUUAAGCAGAUCAGAGAAAGCUCUCUGGUGGUUGAGUAGACAUGAUUAAAGUAAAAAACUCGCCGAGAAAAAGAAUCCGAUGACUUGGGAAGUUCUUUAGCGGUCGGGUUGGGCUGAGUUGGCGAUGUCUGAUUCGUUGAGCUGGUCAAGAAAACCAGAAGGACCGGUGACACGAGACUGAUGUUUUUUACACAGGAGGAGGAGGAGGAACUGUUUCUUCAUCUCAUCCCUUAAGUGGAACCCCACCAUGAGGAGAGUGGAGGUCUCUUUCCAAGCAGUGGUGUUGCUAAUGGAAAGCUAGAGAGAGAGAGAGAGAGAGAGAGAGAGAGGGAUUGUUUUAAGGCUUUUUUUCCUAUCAAAUCAUUCUUUCUUUAGGGGGUAACUUCUCUUUUAAACCAUCGCAAAGUUCAUCAAGUUCGCGAGGAGCCAUUGGCCGAGGUUCUAGAGGACCCCGCCCGAGCGGAAGGAACAGUUGUCGGGAUGAAACCACCCGGAAGAUGCUAUGAGAGAGGAGACUCUCACCUUUAUCGAAGUUGGAUCAGAUUCUUUGGCUGUUGAUUCUGCUGGAUUAGCUCAACUGCUUGCCUUAUAACAGAGGAUUAGAGGAGAAGCUAGCUUCUUAUCGGAUGAAACCUGGCCGUGCUUAGCUGAUAGUGAAAUAGAGAAGAAGAAGUCGAUAUUUGUUCAUCGAUUCUACUGUGUUGUUUCCAAUGAUAUUGAAUCAGUAACAAAAGGGAUUUGAUGAUUGAUUUCAGCUA